CCGUAGAGUUCAUAGAUAAUAGAUAUACAUAGGGUAGAGUUUCUUUUUUAAAAUACCGAAGAAAUGUCAAUGUCAGUGUAAUCCAUUUAAAAAAGUAAUGAAAAAUUGAUUAAAUGUAACACAUUAUUGGAGUACAACUUGGUUUAAUAUCUAGUUAUGGGCACGGAAAUACUAAAAUCAUUUGGAGCCCUUCAGUCUGAACUGGAACAAGCCAGGAGCAGCCUGAAAGGGGUUGACGAAAACAUUAAGAGGUUAAUUGGACGCGAUCCUUCCGAAUUCGUUAAUCGACCAGGAAAUAAGCGAGUUUUAAAUGAUGAUCGUGCCAGGUUAAGAGGCAAUAAAACUAGAAACGUAAAUUUAGAAAAUAAUGAACCCACAGUUAAACGUAAAAAAGAAUCGGUGUUUAAGAGGUUAUCUGAGAAACCUACUCCCUAUGAAGAGCUGUCUCAAGCUCAAAAAGGACUUAUUAGUAAAGUCAUUGUUACCCCUCGAGAAGUCCCUAGCAGACAAGAAGCUCUAGCAGCUCAAAGUAAAGAUGUUAAAUCAAAAGAGAGAAAUAGGCGGAUGUUUGGGGCCUUACUUGGAACACUUCAAAAAUUCCAACAAGAAGAAACAAAGCUUAAGCAAAGAGAAGAAAAGAGGGCACAGUUAGAGAAAAAAAUUGAAGAGCAUGAAAUAAAAGAAAAGGCAGAGAAUUUACCAUAUUUCCAAGUGCUUGCAGUAGAUUUCAGUAAAACUGCGU